AGUGUGUAGGGAGGGCAGUCAUCACACCAUCCUGAGCAGCAAGAGCUGACGUUGGACGAAGCUGCCAGGUAGCUGAAAAAAGGCACAGAAGGCAGCUGAUACCCACUUUUCAACGGUUUGUGGUUUUUUUUUAGUCUGUAUCUGGACUUCAAGCAACACAGCGCCCGAGACAGCUCAUCUGAACCACACUGUAUUGCAAUACUUGCUCUUCUCAAAGGAAAAGACUCCACUGAGCAGCAGAAUGCUGUCAGUGUUGCAGCCUGGGCUACAAUACAGAGCCUUUUUGUAACACUGAAAAUUUCUUUCUGUUCAGAUAUUUGAAAUAUAUACAUACACUUAUAUAUCAGUUCUUUCUUUUUUGAGGACACCUUUGGCUUGUUUUGUUGUUUGGUUUGUUUUUUUGUUUUUGUUUUUUUGUUUUUUUUUUUACCCUGAUGUGACUUCUUCAUUUUGGAAUGAUGGGGAUCUUUCUAGCUUAUAUUGGAUUCAUUUUCUUUUCAGUUAUGUAUAUUCAACAAGGAUUUUCUACCCAAGCAAAAUUCACAGAGUUUCCCCGAAAUGUCACGGCCACUGAAGGGCAGAACGUGGAGAUGUCUUGUGCUUUCCAAAGUGGCUCUACUUCGGUGUACCUUGAAAUCCAGUGGUGGUUUCUGCGGGCAGCUGAGGACCAAGAGGCUGGAGCUGAGGUGACAGGCACACAGGUGGAGCUCCUGCCCGAGCGGGACCUGGACAGCGACGGCACAAAGAUCAGCACAGUGAAAGUACAAGGGAAUGACAUCUCCCACAAGCUGCAGAUUUCAAAAGUGAGGAAAAAGGAUGAAGGCUUGUAUGAGUGCAGGGUGACCGAUGCCAACUAUGGAGACCUUCAGGAGUACAAGGCUCAGGCAUUUCUCAAAGUCAAUGCUAAUAGCCACUCUCGGCGAAUGCAAGCCUUUGAGGCAUCCCCAAUGUGGUUGCAAGACAUGAAACCUCGUAAAAACAUCUCAGCAGCUGUCCCAAGUAGCAUCCAUAAUUCUGCCAAUCAGCGCGUACGUGCCACCUCCAGCCCUGAAGCAGCAGCCAAAAUCCCCAAACAAAGUCCACAAUCAGGUGCGAGGAUAGCUACAAGCCAUGGACUUUCUGUCCUGCUUCUUGUUUGUGGCUUUGUGAAGGGUGCUUUGCUUUAAUCUAAAAGUGCUGACUUUUUCCAAUAUCACUUUCUCUUCUUAAAGCAAAGAGCAAAUCGCCUGUAAAAUCCACGGAGCGGACAGCAAAGUUGACCCUAACCUCCAACCACCACUCUGCACCCAAUGUACUCUAAAUCUCUACACAAGGAGCACCUUCUUCAGGAAGUACAAACAAAAUUACUAAAUAAAUAAAAUAAAAUAAAAUAAAUAUAAAAAAGAAGAGGAUACCACAUGUUUUCUUGAUAUAUCUUAUUUUCUUUGGUGUAUCACUGAUAUUCUUUUUGAAGAGAAUUGGUGUGAUGUAAUCAAACAUUUUGUAACAGCAAGACCUAGUUUCAUUUUCUUUCGGCAAGGAGAAGCCUCAUCCUUGACUUCUCAGGGGUUGGCCUGCAAGUCUUCAGUAUUACAGAAUUAACCAUGGAUGACACUUGGUUUCCUAUGCUGAAAGAACCGUUCCAGCCUGGAAGCAAAAAUAGGCAAAUAAUGAAAAUAACAUAGUGAUUUAACAUAAAUAGAAUACACACAAACUUUAUCAAAUGGCCUUUUUUUCUUUUUUUUUUUUUUUUUCUUUGCAUGAGGAAUAGGAAGGAGAAAAUAUAUUCUACAAAGCAGGUCAGCAGAUGAGAGGAAGUUGUUUCUGAAAAACAUAUGAGGCUAUUUUUCUUUUGAGAUUUUUUUUUCUUUUUGCUGUUCAAUAUAUUAUCCUUUUCUCCCUUUGAGGUUUUUUCCUGUCUUUCUGUUUGUUUCUUGUUCAAUGGUGGCAAGUACCAACUUAGGCCAACCCCUGAUGACUAUGUGGAGGUUUAUAUAUAUACAUCCUGGUUUUUUUGUGUGUACGUUCUAUAUUUCAGUGUGUUUUAUCUAAUUUUGCAACUCCUGUAUAUGCAAAACUAACUUAAAUUCUGUAAAUUGCUUAAAGUCUAUGUGAUAUAACUUCAGAGUAGACAUACUUUGGUCCUCAUGCAAGCCAGUUUUUAAUAUUAUCUGUAUGUUGUGCCACCAAGAAACAUCUUUAUUUCCUUUUUUGAUAAAACACCACUUUUUAGUUUGUAAUUCAGUAAUGUGUGGAUUUUGUAAUGCAUAUCUUCACUUUGACUGGUUUGACCCCCUUCAGCCCUCUGUUUACUCUGUAAAUGCACAUUAAAAUUUGUUAUGGUCUCUAGACAAUGAAUUAUUUUAAUUUGUAUAUUGUGUUGGAGUUCAGAUGCUGAAAGCUCUUUGAACUUGUGAUGUUUAUAGAAGAUGAAGUGAUUCAAUCACUAGAGACUAUAAAAUGCAGGUAUGCAGUCAAAUACUGCACAUAAAGGAAGGUUAGAAACAGAAAACAGACAAAUAAACUAGAACAUGUCUUUAAGGAUGUUCUUUUGGUAAAAAGUUUUAGGAAAGUGAAUUUAUUACACUGAUAAAAUAUAUUUGCAUCACAGCUCCUUCUACAUGGCCAAAGAAGUGUCUUUGAAAGUGGAUUGUCAUUACUCACUGAUAUUACUAAUUAAAAUACUUUCUGUCUGUGAA